UUCGGGGCGACGGGGCGGAAGCGAAGGGAGACGCAACCUCUGUUGUCGACGAUAUUUGCUAUCUCCUCUGCUAACGUUCUGUCAUGAGUUGCUAAAAUCAUGGUGAAAUGUUGUUCGGCCAUUGGAUGUGCUUCUCGCUGUUUGCCGAAUUCCAAGUUAAAAGGAUUGACAUUUCACGUAUUCCCCACAGAUGAAAACAUGAAAAGAAAAUGGGUAUUAGCAAUGAAAAGACUUGAUGUGAAUGCUGCAGGAAUUUGGGAGCCUAAAAAAGGAGAUGUGUUAUGUUCAAGGCACUUUAAGAAGACAGAUUUUGACAGAAGUGCUCCAAAUAUUAAACUCAAACCUGGAGUCAUACCUUCUAUCUUUGAUUCCCCAUCUCAUUUACAGGGGAAAACAGAGAAACUUCAUUGUAGAAAAAACUUCACUCUCAAAACUCUUCCAGUCACAAGCCACAAUCACCAGCUUGUUGGUGCUUCCUCAUGUAUUGAAGAAUUCCAAACCCAAUUCAUAUUUGAACAUAGCUACAGUGUAAUGGACAGUCCAAAGAAACUUAAGCAUAAAUUAGAUCAUGUGAUCAGCGAGCUAGAGGAUGCCAAGGAAAGUCUGCGGAAUGUUUUAGACCGAGAAAAACAAUUCCAAAAAUCAUUGAGGAAGACGAUCAGGGAAUUAAAGGAUGAAUGUCUCAUCAGCCAAGAAACAGCAAAUAGACUGGAAGCUUUCUGUUGGGGGUGUUGUCAGGAGAGUAUAGAACAAGACUGUAUUUCAUGAAACAAUUUCAUGUUCUACCUAAAAUCCACAUUGGUACAAUUUUUUAAAAAAUCAUCCUCAUUUACCAUCACUAAAUAAUAUCCAUCAUUUAAAUGUUUCUUUGAAUCCUCUGGAGCAUUAUGCGUUAUAGUUGUUAUGCCAAGACUUUUUCAAAGGAGUACAGAAAUUUUUGCUAGUUACCGUGUUGUUGUCUGACUUGUGACAAUUAUAUUUUUAUAGACGUAUACUAGUGCUGUGUCACUAUUUUAAGAUAUUAAAAGCUCAAGAAAACUUCACAGGAUAAGAAAGUGAUAUCAGGUCAGCCUCAUUAAGUUAUAGCAGUAGGAGUUGGACAUUUCUUAAGCAGCAUUAGAUUUUUGACUUCAAAAGAAUAUCUUUACUUAUAUAUACUUUAUGGUAAGUACAUUGAAUUUUACUUGAAAUACAUUUUACUAUAAAGUAGAAUUUGUAGUACAUGUCCUUCUUGCAACUAAGCCAAGUUAGUUAUAAAUAAUACCAUAGGACCUCUUUACAGGGCACCCAUAGCACUUCCCCUGAGACUGGCAUAUGGCAUAUGUUGGCUGUUAAAGUUUUCCAGAGCCAGUCAGAGAAGCUCUCCUCAUGAGGUCUAAGUUUUUCAUCAUUCCUCCUCACUAGGAGCACUUUGAUAUGCUUUAAAAAAAACACAUCUUUAAAAGCAAAAAAGUGUCAUAACUCUGAUUAUUGAAUAGUUAGUUGUUUUGACAGUCCUUCAGAACAUUUUGUUUCAUGACUAGUAUAUCAGCAUAGAAGUAUAUCUUCAAAAUCCAAAUGUCGGUACUAGCUGAAUACUUUCAGUGCUGCUUUGUAUUUUAUAGAAAAUUAUUAUUGCUAACAUUAAUACAUAUAUAUAUUAUGAAACCAUUAAAAAUUAAUGAUUGCAUUGUGGCUCUUCCAGUUGAAAUAGGAAUUGGAGAAGGGGUUAGAAUAUUCUCCUUUAAUUAGGAGAGUAGAUUACUGUCCAAGGGCUUUUAUUAGAGAAAUAGGUCAGUAAACAGCAGCUUUAAAUAGUUUCUUACCGAAUAUACAAAAGAAUAUCUCUUAGCUAUUUUCUGAUUGAUCCAAGUAUCAGAAAUUCAGCUUUUCUCCUAAUUUCUUAUAAAAGCAACUAAAAUACAGUGUCAUAACUGUGGAUUAGAAUGCAAAUUAUUAGCGCAAAGCCACAUUCUACGUAUACAAACCUCAUUCAGAAGUCCAUGCUAUAGUGGUUAGAAUUUAAGGAUCAGUUGUUUCAAUGUAUAACUAGAAAUGAAUUGCAUUUUGUGCUAAUCUGUUCGUUGUAAUUUUGUGAUGUAUUAAUAUCAGUAAGAUUAUGGUCACUUGCAUUUUUUAUUUAAGAAUUUUCAGUGUUUUAAUGCAUGUUAUAUUUUUAUGUAGGAUCCCAAGCCUUCCCCCUGAAUAGACUUUUACCCACAUUUAAGAGAUCAGCAUUAUGCUAAGUGGAAAUCACUGAGGUCAUAUCUUUUUACUGUCUUAAAAAAAUUCAGAAGCUAAGUAUUGUUUCUUUUAGUUAUUUAAUUUUGAAUUCACAGUGAACACUCUAAUAGGAAGUUUGGGUACGAUCUUAGGUUUUAUGGAAUACCAUGAUAGAGAUGGAGACUUUUUUUUUUCCUCUUGCCCUGUUUGUGAAGAUACAAUUAAAGUAAGCCAAUUCAUGGAUAAAAGUAAGAGGAUAGAUCCAAACACCAACAAAAAGAAAACCAUUGCUGUUGAGUCAAUUCCAACUCAUAGUGACCCUAUUGGACAGAGUAGAACUGCCCCCAUAGUGUUUCCAAGGAGUGGCUGGUGGUUUGAACUGCCAGCCUUUUGGUUAGCAGCCAAGCUCUUAACCAUUGCACCACUAGAGCUCCAGAUCCAAACACAGUAUGUCCAAAAUUUAACUCCCUGAUGGCUGCUUAGAUAAAUCAACCCUUCCUGACAUUUGUAAAGUCCCGGUUUCUGCCAUGAUCACAAUUGCUGCAGUUACUGUUACUACUUGUGUUCACUGUUACUACUUGUGUUCACAGUUCACAGUGAACUCAGCCCUUGUGGUCUUUUUCAUUCAACCUAGUAUCACUGAGAGAGUUAACUGUAGGCAAAAUACUGGUUAUCAGCAAGUACCUGGAGCUAUUCAUUUGCUCCUUAUUCUCUUGGAGAAAUGGUUAUCAAUAGAAAGCUUACAUAAAACAUAGAGCCUGCCCCACCUACUGCCUCAAACAAAUACCUGAACACAGUCUACACCUCAGUCCUCUGUUCCCAGAGAUUCCAGACUAGCCUGGGGAAGAACCAUCCAGUGCAGAGCAAAACCAAGUCAUCUGUGUCCACAGGCUCCUCAGGCAGCCAAGGCCGACCUAAGGGUUUCACUUUGCUUUAAAGCUUGGAGUGGCCUCUGGCUCUUGGAAUAAACCAAAACACCAGUUCAACCUCAGCACCAAAUCAGGUACGAAUGAUGUGACGUGGCAUUUUUCUCCGUAUGAAUAGAUUUUGGUUGCUAAAGAUAAUUAUACCCUAGUUUUUAACUUGAAAAAAAGGGUGAAAUGUAUUGAAUACAUAUUUACUUUUAAGAAAAGGUAAAAUUAUUACAGAAAUAAUGGAGUGGUGAAGAAUCUGUAUUUGCAAAAAUAAAAUAUUUUAUUCAGUAAUGCAAUCUAUGUGGUUUUUAUACAUUCUGUUAUUCAAUAAAAUGAGCAACAAAAAGACACGAGUAUGUAUAUAAUGUUCUUGCUUUAAUUUCUUUCACAUCUUUUCCCUCCACCAAUAACUCUAAUAGGGUCUGCUAGUUUAGAUGACCAAGGUGGCAGGUCUGCUUUCACCAUGAUAUCAACCUGCCACAGAGGUCUUUCCUGCUUUGAGCCUCACUCAAAAUUGGCAGUCUUUCGUGUCGCCCAGUAUAUGGGUGAGAGUAGUAUUCCCAGAUAUGAAGUAUACUAUCUUCAGAACACAGAGAGGGCCGUAAGGUGUUGUGCUUCCUUCUUCGUGGGAGAUAACAAGGUGUAGUAAUCUGUCUUUUACUUUAGAGGGGAUAUCCUAGCAUGUCUCGGAUCACUGGACACCCCUUCCCAAUUUUUACCAAUAUGGUGGACCUCUGAAUUUCAUAGGUUUUCUCUUUCUCUCCCACACGUGCUUUGUCAAGACCUCAAAUUUGCUAGUCACUUCUUCCUGAUCCCAUUGGAUUAACAUAAUCUACCAGUUUAGUGAACUAAGUGAUGCUCUGCAGAAUGUCUGUCUGGUCUAGGUCUCUUUCCACUGUAUUCUAACGGAAGCAGGAGAGUUAACAUAGCCUUGGGACAAGACUGUACAUGUAUACCAUUGUCCGUUCAUGUGAAUGCAAACUGUUUCUGAUCGCGUUUGAUAAGAUAGAUGGAAAAGCAUGCACCCACCAGGUUAAUGAUUGCAUACUACGUUCCUGUAUCCAUGUUAAUGUACUCUAGCAAAAAUACCACAUCUGGCACAGCAGCUGCAGUCAGGACUACUACUCAGUUGAAUUUGCCUUAGUCCACUACCA